UUUCACCUUCUUCAGUUUUCUCACCAUCACACGCUGCUAUUUCAAACUCCGCUGCCGCUUUCACUUUCGGAGUUUUAGGGCGGGAGCCAGUGACGGAAGAAAUGGAAGACCCAGUUCCUUCUUCAGCCCCACCACCCGACCUCACCACCAUUCACAGACGAGUGCUUGAGCUCGAAGAGAUUCUCGAGCGAUGCCGCCGAGACGAUGAUUCGGAAUCACCUACUGCAGAUUCUCAGGAUUUACUUAACGACUGCGCUGUGUUUCUCCGGAGUAGAGUUGAAAAGAUAGUAUCUGAUUGCUCUGAUGUUGGUCUGUUAGGGGAUCAAGAUUUUGAAGCAUAUAUGGAACGUUUUGAGCAGGAGCUUAGCUCCGUGGAGGCCGAGAGUGCUAAGGUUUCCGAUGAAAUUGAGGGUCUUGUUCGAACCCAUGAGGAAGAUUUUAACCGGCUCAAUGUUGAUAUUGGGCAGUUGAAAUGUUCAUUGGAUUUUGCUGGAUCGCAGGAUCUGGAGAAAGCAAAACUGGGUGCAGAUGCUGAUUGCCCUUCCUAUGGAAAAGAUCAGUUGGAUCCGAUGAAUGUGAAUGAAGACAAAUUCAAGCUACUGGAACUUGAAAAUCAGAUUGACAAGAAUCAUAUAAUUUUGAAGUCCCUACAAGAUGUAGAAUGCAAACUUAAAUGGCUUGAUGCCACCGAACAGUUUGAGGAUGCAUUUUCGGGUCUCAAGGUCAUUUCUUUUGAGGAAAACUGUAUUAGGUUGUCACUUAGGACAUACAUUCCAAAGUCAAAAGGUCUGUCCCAACAAAUAAUUGAAGAUACCACAUCUGUGAACCAUGAGCUACUCAUUGAACUAAUGGAAGGGACUAUGGACUUGAGGAAUGUUGAGAUUUUUCCAAAUGAUGUAUGUGUAAGAGAUAUUCUUGAUGCUGCAAAGUCUUUGAGUAAAUCUUCAUUGCAGUGGUUCGUAACAAAAGUGCAGGACAAAAUCGUUAAGCACCAUGGGGCGACUAGUGGGAGAAAGUGCAAAUAAAUCAAGAUUCUUGUCAUUCUCGUUGGACCACUUGGCUAGAGAUGAGAUGAUCUCACGUGGUUGGAGGAGUGGAUGCAUUCAUUAAGGUUUCUCAAGCUUGGCCAUUGUUUAGUUCUCCAUUGAAUGCGAUUCUAAUCAUAUUUGUGUUUCGUAUGCCAAGUAUGUUCAGGAUUUCAGUAAUCAGUGCUCCUGUCCGUUAACAAUGACAUCUGAUCAUACCCAUUAACAUGCAUGGUUUUCAAACAAAUCACUGUUGGUUAUGUAGUUGA